CCCUGCCUUUAAAUACAAGUAACGCCCACGCUUGCCUCUCCUCAGUCCUCGGUUCCUGCUUUGAGGGAUCUAAAUCACUAGGAUUUUCAAUCAAGCCUUCUGUUCUUGUCGGAGUAGCAUCCAAGAAUAUAAUCCUUGUACCCAAAUUCCCUGUUUUAUGUCAUAACAACUUCCUGAUGAUGGCUCGAUUGUUUCUUCUCUGCUUGAUUUUAGCUAUGGCGGAUGUGUUCGUAAUGCAGGUGAUGUCUCUAGAGCAACAACCUACAGAACUGAAGAAGCCAUCCAUGGUUACUAGUGAAAUCUCAGAACCACCUGCUCCUGCUUCAAUGGAACAAGGAAAUGAACAAGGAUCGGAACAGGCGGAAGCCCCAGAUAUCAGGAGGCUCGGGAAGCAUCAUUCCUCGAAUGAUUCCAUCGCCGGUGGAGGUGUCAUCAUUGGAGGCCUUGCAACCAUCACAUUCGCUGCAAUUUUCUGCUACAUUCGUGUUACCAGAAGAAAGAACGAUGAAAAGUGAUACCUAUACUUUGGGUCUUUAGGUUUAAAGGGUUUUCAGUUUUUAAAACUUUCUUUUUCCCUCAUUCUAUAUUGAAUCACAGAUUUAGUAUACAAUGGCACCGGCUGGUGGUGAGAUCUGAGGACCAGUACAGUCAGGAGUCGAAGCCCCUGUUUUUACCCUUUCAGAAGUUCUCAAAAUAUUCAUUCCCUGUUGAUAAUGGUGCGUGGCGUACAUAUGAAUAACCCAAAAUCUCACAUAUAGAAUGUUAGAAACAGUUGCAGAGAAUAGAUGUGAAGAAAUAUUCAUGAAAAAUUCAAAGAUUUGAUAUUUUUGUGUC